UGUCUUGCUGCUUGCUUGUUUUCACUCUCUCUCCCAACAACCCCACAUCAGCAGUGUAUGCGAUUUACUGCGGCAGACUGCUAGGACGAUGGAACACCAGCUGCGCGACGCGAUGAAAAAGGCUCGUCGUAGCCAUCGGAAGAGCAAGACAGGCUGUCUUCAGUGUAAGACGCGCAAAGUAAAGUGUGACGAAUCGAAACCAAUAUGUAACAACUGUACAAAGCAUGGCAUUGAUUGUAUGUACAAAGUAGCUUCAGCAUCGUCACCACAAGUCACCACGCCGUCUGGAAGCAACACGAAUGCCUCACCACAGGGUGCACUUCCCGACAGGACGCCAGGUCAAAUUCAUCGAGAGCAUCACCAUGGGCCAACUGCAGCACCGCCAGAUCUCAAUCUUCUCGAGAUGGAACUUUUGCACAACUAUUCUACAGCUACGGCAUACACGCUCUCUCGUAACCCAGUCCUCCAGAACAUCUGGCGAAAACAGGUUCCUCAGGUUGCAUUCGGCGCCGUGUACUGCCUCCGUGGAAUUCUCGCUCUUUCUGCCUAUCACAUUGCCCAUUGCCGCACCGAGCAGGCCAGCUACUACAUUGAAGAAGCAUCUCGACAGCACGAUCUCGCUCUCCGGGAAGUCAUGCCGCUUCUGUCGGACCUCAGUAACGUCACAGCCGGGAAUAGCAACGAGCUGUACGCUUUCAGCGCCUUGACUUCUCUAAUUGCAUGUGCUCGUCCCCGCAACGCAGAUGACUUUCUUCUCAUUAGCGAGAACGGCAUCUCGGAAUGGCUUGUUCUGUUCCGCGGGACUCGCUUCAUCAUUAACCAGAACGAGGAGGUGCUCAUGUCGGGUCUAUUAUCGCCCAUGUUCAGCAUCGGACACAGGCGCAAACUACGCCGCGAUACAGCCGAUCCGUUGAAAAGCCAGCAACCCCUCCUAGAACUCGAAAGUUUCAUUAGCGAUUCCAUGGUGAGCGAUCGUACCAAGCAAAUUCUAGCGGAGGCCAUUGAUGAGCUAAAAAAGACGUACGCUGUGACGCUGGGUUCCGAUUCCGAGAGUAGCGAAACUAGCGAUGUCUUCAUGUGGAUCUUCGAGCUCUCGGAAGCAUUUCUGGAACUCCUUGGUGAUAAGACCCCGGAGGCGCUGGCCGUUUUUGCCUUUUAUUGUCCAGUACUCAAGCUAUUGGAGUGGAUGUGGCUUAUGAAGGGCUGGAGCAUGCAUCUCAUCGAGGUCAUAUAUCGCAAUCUUGAUAAAGAGCAUCGCGCUUGGGUGCAGUGGCCGAUUGAGCAGCUAGGCUGGAUACCGAUAUCGACAUGAUAGCGACUCGAGGUACGGCUGUAUAGAUGUGCGGCUGUCAGCGCGUACGAGACUGGUGAAGACUCGAUCGCAGACGUUCGAGAGUGAUGUGCGAUGAUAUUCGCAAAAGACACUCAUAGAGCGAUACACUCACUGUAUGCUCCCUAUGAUCAUAGCAUAC